GCGUUUUUUUUUUCCUCUGGCUACAGGACGUUCUGAAAAACAAGGAUCUGGACUUGGACAACAUGUUCGUAGCGUCAUUAGUUGCUGACCUUAUUAAGGGUAUGAUUUACCUCCACGAGAGUCCCAUUGUUUCACACGGCAACUUGAAGUCGUCCAACUGCCUGGUCGAUACUCGCUGGGUUUUACAGAUCACAGACUUCGGUCUGCACGAGUUCCGCGAAGGACAGGAAUUGUCUGUGAGCCAGGCAAGAAAACGUGAAAGAGGUCUUCUUUGGAGGGCUCCAGAGCUGCUGAGAAUGCUUAAUCCUCCCGCUAGAGGGACUCAAAAAGGAGACGUUUAUUCUUUUGCUAUUAUUUUGUACGAAAUUGUUGGUAAAAUGGGACCUUGGGGACCAAUAGCCCCCCCUGAAAAAGGUAUCAUUGAAAGAGUCAUGAAUACCCACCUGUACGACCAAAAUCUGUUCAGACCACCGUUAAGCGAACUCGGGCAUUGUUCUGACUACAUUAUUCGAUGUAUGGAAGAAUGCUGGGAUGAAAAUCCAGACAACAGACCAGAUUUCCGUCUGAUCAAUCAGAAACUAAGAGAUAUGCAGGCUGGUCUGAAGAAUAACAUUUUCGAUAAUAUGAUGGUUAUGAUGGAAAAAUAUGCCUACAAUUUAGAAGGUUUGGUCCAGGAGAGAACUUAUCAGCUGAUGGAAGAGAAGAAGAAAACGGAAAACUUACUUGCCCGAAUGCUGCCGAGACCAGUAGCAGAACAGCUGAAACGUGGAGAACAGGUGGAAGCCGAGAGUUUCGAGUAUGUCACCAUCUAUUUCAGCGACAUUGUAGGUUUCACCGCUCUUUCAGCUGUCAGCACACCUUUACAGGUUGUUGACCUGCUGAAUGACCUCUACACAUGUUUUGAUUCUAUCAUCGGCAACUAUGACGUUUAUAAAGUAGAGACAAUUGGGGAUGCGUACAUGGUUGUAAGUGGGCUACCUUUGAGGAAUGGAGACAAGCAUGCUGGUGAAAUCGCUUCCAUGGCAUUACAUCUUUUAGGGAAGAUCCAAAACUUUGAAAUAAGGCACAGAAAAGGAGAGCAUUUGAAACUAAGGAUUGGCAUUCAUUCUGGUCCGUGUGUGGCAGGCGUGGUUGGACUAACGAUGCCCAGAUAUUGUUUAUUUGGGGACACAGUCAACACAGCUUCCCGGAUGGAGUCCUCUGGGGAAGCGUUAAAGAUUCAUGUAAGUGAGGCAACGAAGACGAUCCUCGACAAAAUUGAUGGCUACAUUUGUGAAGAAAGAGGACUGAUAAAAGUAAAGGGAAAAGGUGAAAUGCGUACCUAUUGGCUGUUGGGGAAGACAAGAUCACAAGCUCCAGAUUUUAAUGAGUGCACUUAUGAAGAAAAGGUAAACAGUUCUGGUGUAUCUACAAGUGGAGGUAACAUAAAUAAAGAAUCCGACGUUGCGGGGAAUUCACCUAUUCACUCGUCUCAGUAUUCUCCAAAUUUGAGACAAUUGUUUGAUAAGGAAACGGUAAAAAAAGAAGACAGGACCAUUGGAAGUGAAACAUAUGACAGGGAAAUGGUUAGUCAUGAGUAUAGCAGCUGCUUAACCCUGUUUCAGGAAUGUAAAAUGACGCUACUGGGAGAUUUUCGACACAGUGGUCGAUCUUCAAACAAGGGCUACAGAUCUGCACCGAUAAUCUCACUAACCGAGAAAACGUGUGAAGAUGUGUGUGAACGAUUUGUGAAUAAGGAGUGA